UUGAAGUCAGGUCUCUUGCUCGUUUCUAUCCGAGGGCUGGAGAAUCAAUCAGACACUAGGAGCUCCUUCAGCGGUGAAGUCACAGUCAGAGAGAGAGAGACACACACACACACACACACAGGGCAAAAAGACACACUCACUCACACACACAACUUCAUACAGUCACUGCAAGGCAAAGUGGAUCUUUUAUUCCUGGUCGGAACUGUCGGUCACCCCUCUCACUGCGAAACUUUCCCCCACUCUGAGAGAUCAUUGGAAAUGGUGGGAAUUUCUGGCUCUUACCAGGUCAACGGAGAAAAGAAGCGUUCCGCAAUGCCCGGAUCACCAGUGGAUGUGAAGGCGCAAUCCAGGGCCACCCCACCGACCAUGCCUCCACCACCCUCAGGGAACCAAGGGGGACCACGGCCGACCUCCUUUACCCCCACAUCACUGCCUAAUGGCGUUGACCACUCUCCACCUGCCCUGAAUGGUGUGCCAUCCCCCCCGCAGCGAUUCAGCAAUGGCCCCUCCUCCUCACUCGCCAGUCAGCAACUGCCCGCCACCUGUGGUGCCCGCCAGCUCAGCAAGCUGAAGCGCUUCCUGACCACCCUGCAGCAGUUCGGCAACGACAUCUCACCGGAGAUUGGGGAGCGCGUGCGGAGCCUUGUCCUGGCGCUGGUGAACUCAACUGUGACCAUUGAAGAGUUUCACUCCAAGCUGCAAGAGGCAACAAACUUUCCGCUGCGUCCCUUUGUAAUUCCAUUCCUAAAGGCCAACCUGCCCUUGCUGCAGCGGGAGCUACUGCACUGUGCCCGCUCUGCGAAACAAACGCCAGCUCAGUACCUGGCACAGCAUGAGCACCUGCUGCUGAAUGCCAACGCCACGUCCCCCGUCAACUCAACAGACCUGCUGGAGGUCAACGAGAAUGGGAAGAGGAGCAGCCCAGAAAGGAAUAAAGAAAAUGGCUUUGAUCGAGAUCCCCCAGCGAAGCGGGUGUGCACUAUUAGCCCUGCCCAGCGACACAGCCCAAACAUUGGUUUACCUCACCCACCGAACGGGCAGCUGCACCCAACUCCUCCUCCUCUACAGCACUACAGCCUGGAUGACGUGGCCAUGAAUCACCUGUACAGAGACCCCCAGAGACUUCCUGAAUACAGAGAUCGACAUAGGCAUCACGGAGGAUCGCGUGGAGUGUAUCAGGAAGAGAUGAUCGACCAUCGACUGACGGACCGGGAGUGGGCUGAAGAAUGGAAACACUUGGAUCAUCUCCUGAACUGCAUCAUGGACAUGGUGGAGAAGACUCGUCGCUCGCUGGCUGUCCUCUGCCGUUGCCAAGAGGCUGACCGGGAAGAGCUGAACUACUGGAUGAGACGUUACAAUGACACCGAGGACGUGAGAAAGGGAGGCAGCGCUCACCUCCGACAACUCAGCCCCGGGAAUACAGACACCAUUCAAUCCGAGCUUCAGCGAGAGAUCAGUCAUCGGCCAUCGGCUGGCUACGUCCCAGAUGAGAUCUGGAAAAAGGCAGAGGAGGCAGUGAAUGAGGUCAAGCGUCAGGCUGUGUCGCAGUUGCAGAAGGCGGUGACUGAGGCCGAGCAGAAGGCCUAUGAGAUGAUAACGGCAGAGAGGGCCAAGAUGGAGCAGAAGAUAGCGGACGCCAAGCGGCAAGCGGCCGAAGACGCAUUCACUGUCAUCAAUGAGCAGGAAGACACCAGCGAGAGCUGCUGGAACUGUGGACGCAAAGCCAGCGAGACCUGCAGUGGGUGCAAUGCAGCCCGUUACUGCGGCUCCUUCUGCCAGCACAAAGAUUGGGAGAAGCACCACCGCAUCUGCGGGCAGAACCUGCAGGCCCAGGCCAAGGCCUUGCCCGCGGGGGGCUCGGUCCCGAAGGCCGCCAAAGGCGAAAAGAGCCCAGCUCUGGAGAAGGCACCCCCGUCCACCGUCACUUCCAGAUCCGUCACUCCAGCUGCCCCAGACGCCAGUGUGCAGUAACAUGACUUCCAGACUGCACCAUCGACGGAGACAUUGGAAUCAAAAUUCCCGUCCUGGCCUGGCCCACAGUUUGAUAUCAGGUGUAGGCCUCAGCCUUUAAAGAUACAUUUUUUUAAUUUUAAAAAAAAAUCGAUAUCUAAUUCGGUGGGGGGGGGGGCGACAAAUAAAACUUAAGAUGUACAGCAUCCUCUUGAGUCCUUCGAUUGUAAUGUAGGCCAGCAAAAACACAAAAAAAAACAACAACCCUACAAACUCUUGGCAAAGCGGGAAGCCGUUUGCUGAAUCAAUUCACCAGAAACGAUGUUGGCUGCCAGAAACAUUUCAGACUGUGACAGUAAAAGCCUCCUGUACACCUCUCCCCACCCCCCACAGUUCCACAAGGAUCCUCUAGCUUGCUCUGCAGUCCCAAAAAAGUAAACAUUUGCCUGUGCAAUCAAAAUGGAUGUGGAGUAUCUCUUCAAGUUCUGCAUAUUCAAAACACUCUUUACCUCUUGAUAAAAACGGAACUCUUUCAAGAGAUUAGAACUUAUUACUUCAAAAAAAAAAUGUCGAUGGAACAUAGUUUCUUGCUGGUUUUGAAGGGGGUGAAGGAACUUUUUUUUGACUUGUGCAUCCCCCUUCAGGUUGGUACCAAGCGUAUGAAAGGAAAUCACCCGUCUUCCUCUCCCCUACCAGAUGCCCACGAGAGUUUUGUACACUGAUUGCUCUUCCCUCACGCUAUUCCAAUCCUCUCACAAGGGCGACUGGAAGGGUCAAGACAUUGCUGGUGACUGCUCUGGCAGUGUACUGAAGGGGACGAAGGUGGAUGGAAAGGGUUGGUCUUUGUGUGUAAAACUGCUCCUUGUACAACAUUUUGUAAUGACUGACUUCUUGAGAAGUAAUUCUUCACCUCCCUUGUGAUCUCCUGAAAGCAUGCGAACGGCUCAUGUUGUGCGCUAACAAUGACCAGCUCCAGACACACAGUUAUUCUUCGAAAUCCAGUUUUAAAAAAAAACUUAACAGUUGAAGUGGUAAAUGAGAGACUGUGUUGUUUUUAGACACUUCGCUGUCUGGGGUUCAGAUAUCUGGAGGUCUGCGUUGCAUCUAGUUAUCUCCUCUCUGGUUGAAGGCGGAGUUAGACAAGUACCUGACAAAAAUUAAUGUCUUGCGCCAAAGAAUGUUUCCCUUGGCAAAUGUUUCUAAACUAAAAAAAUAACUUCAACCUUCUGGUACAUGUGAGCAACUGGCUAUUGGUGGAGGGAGAGUUGCUGAUCCCAAAGAUCAGAAGGAAACACAAGGCGUGAGAUUAAAAACAGUUGUUGCUCGUAAAUUGGUGACUCCUCAGUUAUUCAAGUUCGCCAAAGGAUCCCUUCACUCUCUUCAGUUCUCCAGAUCCCUGACUCUCACCUCUUGCAACAAAGAGUUUGGUGACGCAGAUUGAGGCCUACUAGUAGCUGUCUGGCAAUGAAAAGAUGAAUGCAAAUUUAAACACACAUCAUGUAAAAUAGUGAUGCCCGUUCCUGUUUACAGUGGAGAAGGGAUGAAGCGAGACGGACAGUGUUCAGUUUAUGCGAAACCAUAAACUUACAUGUUCAUCCUCAAGC